AUGCUGGGUCUGGCCCUCCUGCUCGCGCGAGGGAAAUGCACGAAACUUUACGUCGUGUUUGACAACAAACGGGGCAGUCGCUCCCACCCCCACGUGCCGGAUAUCCGCCGCAUCUUCUCCCCGAACUACCUCAAAAGCCGCCAUGCCAAGCUGACGCGCAAGCAACAACAGCAGCAAGAAUCGCAGAGCGGGAGCCGCCGCAGCCGCAUUGCUGGCCAGGAUAGCCAAAAGGCCGCUCUUCACAACACGACAGGUGCCGUACCUUCAAGAACCCAGCAGCUGCAUGACACAACGCAACUGAGGAAGUCCUGCGAGGCGCUCAUGGACAAGCCACCGCCGCACCUCGCCGGCUUUGUCCAGGUUGUACGGCAAGUCGGCGGGCUAGCGCUGUACGGCUUGCCUGGGCACGAGGCAGACGACCUGAUUGCCUCCCUAGUGGCCGGGCUCCUUCCCUUGCCCCCGAUCCAGGCUGGGGGCUCUGAAGACACGGCAGGCGGCCGUAUUGCCAGCACCGCUGCGGCCGCCUCGUCCUCCUUCCCAUCGCCUUCCCCUCCCUCUUCUUCAUCGUCAAUCUCAGCCAGGCCCACAGAUCCCCUCCCGCGGGUGGUGGUCAUUAGCGCUGAUUCGGACAUGUUGCAGCUGUUGGCCUACCCCGGCUGCUGCUGGCUGGAGCAGCAGCAGCAGCAGGCGACGCUACUGCCGCCGGCUGCAUAUCCGGAUUUUUUGGCGCUCGUGGGCAAGGCAGAGGCGGGGGUACCAGGCGUGGGUCUCGGCAGCCGAGCCUCUAAGAAGCUCCUGGCACGGUACGGCAGCAUUUCUGGUAUUAUACGUGCGUACGACGAGGGUAUUCUGGACGGCACGCUACGAGUGGUGUGCACUGCCGGUGCCCGGCCUGGUGCGGCCCGGGGUAUGGGCAGCACCGACGGUUCCAGUAGCGGCGGAAGCGGCGGUGGAAGCGGCGAGGCGUCGUAUCCACCAGCGGUACGGCAGGCGCUACAGAACAUCCAGGUGACGCGCAUGCUCACGAACCUUGAAUCAGUUCCCUGGGAGCGUGUACGGGCCUACCAGGCGCAACGCCGUCGGGAGCAGCAGCAACAGGAGCAGCAGAAGCAGGGAGAGCAAGCGAUGCAGCGAGAACAUGAAGAGCAGCUCCACGGGGUCCAAAAGCAGUCGCGCGGCGAGUGGCAGGCGCCCUUCAGCUCUGCGUUAGCAGAAGCCCUUCAGCGCCACGGCCUCAUCUGCCGUACCGCUGUCAUAGACGAGUCUUACUCGAUGUACGAUAUUGUAUCAUACUGGCACCCGGCUGGCAUGGCAGAAUGCCCGUUUCCCCGGGAUGGAGGUUUGGCUGUGUCCGCCGCGGCAAUAACAGCUGAUGCAACGCCAACAGUAGCAACAGAGGCAACGCAAUGCGCGGCUGUUUCUGCGGCUGUAGAAGUGACGGCGGCCGUGCUGAUGGCCAUGGCGGCAGCAGGAAAGCCUCCGCCGUUGGUGCCACUGGCCGUCGACGGGGAUUCUGUUUGCAGCCCUUCUGCCAUUCGGGGCCCAUUGGGGGACAAGUCCGGGGAUCUGCUGUACGUGUGUAUCUUGGCGCCGUGGGAUUUCAAGUACGAGCUACGAGACCGAAGCCCGCCAAGCGGACUGUCUCCGGAACAGAGCCCCACGAAGGAUGGACCUCAUAACUUGACUCAAAGGAAUCCGCAGCAGCCACGACAACAGCAGCAGCAGAGUAAAUCAUCGGCUGGGGCUCCUGUCAUGGCAGGCCAGCCAGCCAACCUAGCUAUAUGUUGGGGUGUUUUAUGCGUGGUGUACUGUACGACUGACAAGGGCCAUGUGGGCCUGGCGGCCCUGCGACCGAGCACAGGCUGGCGCUUGAAGAGGCUACAGCGCCGGGCGGCUGCAUCAGGGCGCCUGGUGGCGGUGGUGCCCUUCUAUGAGCUGCUUGAGGAGGGGGGAGUUUAA